UACAGUCACCAUGGAGGAGGAAAGAGACCUGCCCAAGAGGUCGUGGGACACCUGUAGAGAGGUUCCGAUCAUUGAAGAUGAAAGGACACCGUGGAAGUUGAUCAAAUUACUAAAGAUCAUCUCUUUGAUUAUAGUAGCUCUUUUUGUGUUUGGACUGGCAUUGUGUAGCAAGGCUUCUUUGCUUCUCCUCAUCACGCUAUCACAAGAAGGCACAAAAGUCAUCCCAGAUAAUCAGAAACCCGUCGCUCUCUUGUGUAUCGGCUGCGCUCUAAUCGCCCCCAGUGUCUUCCUGUUUCUCAAAAGCUUCUGGAAAUCAUGUCACAAAACAUCGAAGGUGCCCAAAAAAACAACCACUGCCCUGGUUCUGUUCUUUGAGUUUCUGGUGUCAGUGGGUGCGGCCAUUCUCAUCAUCGUGGCGAUGCCUCAUUUGGACAUUGUGACCAACGUGACCAUACUGAACAGUGUGGCCGUCUUCUCUGCGCUCCUUCAGGUGGUCGCUCAGUGCACUUCCAAGGAAAGGAACCGCUUCCUGCUGCCUUCCAUCACCGCCUUCAUCCUCAUUCUGCUCGGUUUUGUUCUGUUCCUCGUCCUGUACAUCAUCAAGGAUCCGACUGAUACCCAGAUGACCAUUUGGGUGGGUCUGGCUGUUGGUGGGGCCUUCUUGGUGUCUUUGAACUGGUGGGAGAACUACUUCAGAGUGAUCUGUGAGAACACAAAGUCCACCUCCCUCAAGAACUUGUGCAAAGACAUAACAAGGUGCCGGAACAUGCUACACAUCCUCUCCAGCCUGAUCAGGAUUAUGGUGACUGCCUGUGUGCUCGGAGCCUACAUCCCUCUGGCUAAAAUGGAGUGGGACAUCGUGACCUCCAUCCCGAGUCGUGAGACCAGGAUCAUAGCCAUCAUCAUUGGAGUCCAGCUGAUCUCUUCAGCUCUUUGCCACUGGUUUUCAUUGGCAGCCUGCAAGAUGCACGCCCUGCGACGAUGCUUCAUCCUGCCUUUGUACCUGGCCUCUCUGGCUGUGAUGGCCCUGUUCGUCAUCCCCGUCAUUGUUGACUAUCAGAACUACAUAAGCCUGAAUGGAACUGCAAGCACCAACUUCACAAGAUACUGUAGUUUAGUUGUGGAUGCAAGAAACCAAAGCGUGAACGGCAGCGUGUUUCCAGAUCUGGUUUUGGACGUUGCACACACUCUGUGCUUCCUGGACAUGUCCACGAUCUUUGACAUCGGCAUGCUGACAGGAUUAGCAGUGUCCUGGUGGCUUGGUCUUGUGAUGGCCACCCUUCAUCUCUGGUACCUCAAUGUGUAUCGCAUCCAGAGGACACAAGACCUGUUCGUCAGGAGGCUGUAUGAAGGAACCUUUAUCGAACAGUCUCUGCUCCUCAACACCCGAUUCGACAUCCGGACCAAAGACAGGAAAAAGUUUAAGGAGUUUGAAACAACAAUGGUGUAUCUAUGUGCGACCAUGUGGCACGAGACCUACGAUGAGAUGAUGAACAUUCUGAUCUCAAUAUUCAGACUGGACAAGUACAGACCAAAGAAUGAAACAAAGUUCAAAGAUUUCACCUUUGAAGCCCACAUCUACUUUGAUGAUGCAUUCCAACAUGUUGACGGGAGUCAGGAACGCCAUCUUAACGAAUAUGGAGAGAACCUUGUAGCGAUCAUUACAGAGGUUUAUGGCAUCUUCAACAACAUUAAUGAAAAGUUCUUCAGGAAGCAGCAGCAAAUCCCUGAUCAGACCAUCAUAAGAACACCGUAUGGAGGUCGUCUGAUCGUCACCAUGCCUCAUGGGAACAACAUUGUGGUUCACUUCAAGGAUAAAGAACUCAUCCGUCACAAAAAGAGAUGGUCUCAGAUCAUGUACCUUUACUAUCUGCUGGGGUAUAAACUCAUGACCAAACAUUACUUACGGUGGAAGAUGAACGAUGAUGAGAAGGAACUGAAAGAAAAGGUCGAGAGAGAGAAGCACAACACCUACCUCCUGGCUUUAGAUGGGGACACAGACUUCCAGCCUGGCGCUGUGAUGCUGCUCAUCGACCGUAUGAAGAUGUACCCUCGAGUCGGGGCAGUGUGUGGCAGGAUUCACCCCACUGGAUCAGGUCCUGCAGUCUGGUUCCAGAAGUUUGAGUAUGCUGUCAGUCACUGGCUGCAGAAGACAGCGGAGCAUGUGUUUGGAUGUGUGCUGUGCAGUCCCGGAUGCUUCAGUCUGUUCAGAGCAGCAGCGCUAAUGGACGACAACGUGAUGAAGAGAUAUUCAACCAAGUCCAUGGAGGCGAGUCACUACAUCCAGUAUGAUCAAGGUGAGGACCGCUGGCUUUGCACUCUGCUGUUGAAGCAAGGAUGGAGGGUGGAGUACAACGCAGCAUCUGAUGCCUACACCAACGCACCAGAGAGCUUCAAAGAGCUCUACAACCAGCGUCGGCGAUGGGGACCAUCCACGAUGGCCAACAUCGUGGAUCUGCUGGGCGCCACCGACCUGAUCUCCAAGAGAAAUUCCUCCAUGUCCAAAGCCUUCAUGUUUUACCAGCUGUUUGGCAUCAUCUCGGGCACUCUGGCUCCUGCCACCAUCUGCCUUUUGCUCGCAGGUGGACUGUCCCUCAUCUUUAGCAUUGAUCCUGCUGGCGCUCUGAUCAUUGCUGUGAUUCCUCCUGCCAUCUAUCUGGGUCUUUGCUUCCAUCUCAAGGCAGACACUCAGAUCGCUAUAGCAGCAAUCAUGAGUAUCAUUUAUGCAUUCCUUAUGUUGGUGGUGACAAUGACCAUUAUUGCAUCAAUGGUGGACAACUUGGUGUCACCCAGCAGCAUGUUCGUUACCUGCAUGGGCAUCAUUUACAUAGUCACUGCGAUAAUGCAUCCUCAGGAAUUCGGCCUCAUUUUCUAUGGCUUGCUCUACAUCAUCUGCGUCCCCAGCGCCUACCUUCUGCUCACCAUCUACUCCAUGGUCAACAUGAACAAUGUCUCUUGGGGGACCAGGGAGACGAAACCUGCCGCUGGCGCUGCUCCACCUGCAGCUAACAUCCCGCAAACAAAAGCACAGAAAGCCAAAAGCACGUUCCACUGGCUCUUCUCAUGGGUCAAAUGUUGCAAAAAGUCCAGCCGGAGCUCUCAAGAUGGACAAGUCAUUAGCGACCAGCAAAACAUGAUCCCAGAGCAGCCUGAGCCUCAACCACAAAACACCAUUGUGGAGGACACAGGUAUCCCAGAAGCAGAACAGGGGCAAGCGGCACCUGUUUUCAAUAAUCCAGUUCAAAGUUGGGUCACACAGCUACAGAAUGUGUCUGAUGACAUGCGACUGCAGGAGGAAUCCCUCGACCAGGACGAGGUGAAUUUCUGGAACGAGCUGCAGGAGAAAUACCUGAAACCUCUGGCUGAUGACAAAGAGAGGCAGAAGAAGAUUGCCAAUGACCUGCGAGAGCUAAGAAACAAGAUCAACUUUGCCUUCUUCAUUGUGAAUGCUUUCUGGCUGGCCGCGACGUUCACCCUCCAGGUCUUCAACGAAACCUUCGCCAUCAAGAUCCCAGCGGUCAACAUCGAGCUCAAACGAACUGGAGGAACCAUCAACAUCGAUCCCAUUGGCAUAAUGUUCAUUGCGGGAUUUGCUCUUUCGGUUUUUCUCCAGUUCAUUGGCAUGUUUUAUCACAGGAUCUACACUCUGAUCCAUUAUGUGGCCUUCACGGACACUGAGCCCAGAGAGAGAAAACCAGAAGAAGAACAGCAUGAAUACCUGCCAGGCAAAAAGGACGACCAGGUCUCCAGUGCAGACUCUACGUACGGCUCCCAGCAGGACUCUGAAAGCGACUUCAGCGAUGAUGAUGAUGAUGAUGAUCUAUGGAGUAGUAGAGGGACUUUGGUGUAAACACAGACAUUUUGCACAAGAAAGCACCUUUUGAGGACUUUGAAGUAUCCAUUGUGUGUGAGAUUUUACCAAAAGCUGUCCUUAGUAUCACAGUUAUUAUUAUUUUGUUUACAUUUAGCCAAGUGCAACUUAUUUAUAAAUGGGUUUUAUUGAAUUAGUGUGUCACAAUGUGCUCCGCAGUAUCUAAUAUGCAUGUUAAGUCUCUAUUUUUCUAACUUCAAAGAAAGUGUUUGUGUUCUGAUUGUUGAUGCUAUUUAUGAAGGAUUUGAGGUUUUGUUAUACUGUGCAUGUGAGAUUGCUCUGAAUUUGCUGUUUUUGUUUUUAUUGAACUUUAAUGUCGAGAGGAAUGAAGUUUAGAAACGGUUUCGACUGCCUGAAAAGGAGUAAAACUGUAUGCGUUUACUGUCACAAAUAUGCAAAUGAAGUUCUUUUAAGGAGAAAAAUGUCAGAUUAUCACUUCAGUAAUGAAAUCGAGAAAGUUUAAGGUCAGGGAUUCUCAUAUUGUUUUCGGACAUGAAGUAUUGUAUUCUUUUACCAGGACAACACACAUAUAUAAUUAAAUAUUUUCUGCUGCAGCAUCACUGGUUCAUUGUGUUCAAGUAUCUUCUUGUGCUGGUGGUAUGUUAAACAGUAAAAAUUUGGAUUCCAAA